UCGAAUUAUUUAUCGGAAUAUCAGUUUUCGAGCUUCUCAUUUUCUUUCUCUCCUCGCGUCGGCGCCGGAGCUGGAUUUGAUCUGAGAGUUACUGAAACCUCCCAUCUGAAAGGAAUAACUAUGUCAUCUCAACAUGUUCCUGCAACUGAGGAUUCGAUUAGUGCUGCUAAAGAGAAAACUGCGGCUGAGGCUAUCCCUCUCCUUUAUGGGAUCCUUGAAGAUCCUUCAUCUUCUUCGGAAGCCUUAAAGAUCAAAGAAUUGGCUAUUACCGACCUAUCAGAUCGGCUGAGGGAAGUUGGGCGAGCAGAGGAACUGCAGAGCCUGCUGACUAAAUUGCGGCCUUUCUUUUCCUUGAUCCCAAAGGCGAAAACUGCAAAGCUCGUUCGUGGUAUUAUUGAUUCAGUGGCUAAAAUUCCUGGGACCUCUGAUCUCCAAAUAUCUCUCUGCAAGGAGAUAGUGCAAUGGACAAGGGCUGAAAAGCGAACUUUUCUCCGUCAAAGAAUUGAGGCUAGGCUUGCAGCUCUUCUGAUGGAAAGUAAGGAAUACUCGGAAGCACUGAAUCUCCUUUCAGGUCUCAUUAAGGAGGUUAGAAGGUUAGAUGACAAGCUGCUGCUUGUGGAGAUCGACUUGCUUGAGAGCAAACUCCAUUUUGCUUUGAGAAACCUGCCCAAAGCCAAGGCUGCACUCACUGCAGCAAGAACAGCAGCAAAUGCGGUGUAUGUGCCCCCAGCGCAGCAGGGAACCAUAGAUUUGCAGAGUGGAAUUCUCCAUGCGGAAGAGAAGGACUACAAAACGGCAUACAGCUACUUCUUUGAAGCAUUUGAAGCUUUCAACACUCUUGGAGAUCCCCAGGCAAUUUACGGCCUUAAGUACAUGCUUCUGUGCAAAAUUAUGGUGAACCAGGCUGAGGAUGUGGCCGGAAUUAUAUCAUCGCCCAAGGUUGGUCUGCAAUAUAAAGGACCAGAACUAGAUGCGAUGAAGGCCAUUGCUGAUGCUCACUCAAAGCGCUCUCUGAAGCUCUUUGAGACUGCGCUGCAAAAUUUCAAGAAUGAGUUGGAUGAAGACCCAAUUGUCCACAGGCACCUUUCCGCCCUCUACGACACCCUGCAGGAGCAGAAUCUUUGCAGAUUGAUCGAGCCAUUCUCAAGAGUGGAGAUUGCCCACAUUGCUGAAUUAAUCGAAUUGCCAUCUCAUCAAGUUGAGAAGAAAUUAUCUCAGAUGAUUUUGGAUAAGAAGUUUGCAGGGACUCUAGACCAAGGAGCUGGAUGCCUAAUCAUAUUUGAUGAUCCCAAGACUGACGCUAUCUACCCAGCGACUUUGGAGACUAUAUCAAACAUGGAGAAGGUUGUUGACAGCCUCUAUGCAAGGUCAGCCAAAAUAAUGGCAUGAGGAUCACUGGCAGCAUAGAACUUUUCUUUUUUGCAAUUUAUGUAGGUUCCAAGAAUUAUGGCCCAUAUUACUAUCUUGACGUUCAUCUAAUCUUUGUACUCUUCUUCUCUCACGCAAUGUCACAUUUGAGCACUUGAUUGUUGCAACUUAUUUGAAUUUCUAGCUUUUUAUGUGCUCCACA